AUGUCGACUGAGAUAGUGCAUGACGAAAGCGCUGGCGGAUCUGCUGCGUCUCGUGGUGACAGCGAGAGGGACGUAGGGACGGAGCAGCAGCAGUCGCAAGGGGAACAAGAACGGGGGCGCGACGAGUAUCUGGAAGGGGUCGAGCGUCGUAUCGAAGCGUACGAGAAUUGUGCGGCGGCCAUUACCGCUAUGACGACGUGUCUCGAGGGACUUAGUGAGCAUCUGACCGCCAUGCAGCAAGCCACCCACCAGCUGAAUUCCUUUACCAGUGGCUGGCUGGCGGUGUGGAAGCGGCCGUCCUCGUAG